CAUAUGUGGCACGUUCAAAUGUCGAAGCUAAUGAUUUAUUGCAAUGAUCUGACUGUGGGCCAUUAAUAUUUCGAGUGGUUUCCACUGUCCGUCUAGCAAUCCGUACUGGUCGCAAGGUAUAUGCCAUCGGUGAUAAUCAUGGGGGACCAGCGGCCCGAACCUAGCAUGCCUAAAGGAAUACUGAAGAAACCCAAGUCUCCGAGACAGGCUGAAUCCAUUUCUGUCGGAGUACUGAAGAAACCGAGGUCAGAGUCACCAGAACAGCCCGUGUCAAUUUCUAGGCCAUGCACUGGAGAGAAGAAUGAAGACUUGGAAUCUCGUGUAUCCGAACCUAGGUCAAGUCUUUCCUACCAAAACGGAAAUAGGACGCCUGUUCCACGUCAAUCGAAAAGUGCUACACUGAGAAGAACUCCAACACCAAAAACUAAAGCUAAAACUAAAGGUGAGGAAGCAGAGUUUGAACACGUUUCGGGAGAAUCCACACCUAUCAUGCCUGUAGAGACACCACCGGUAACACCGAUGAAGUCUCCGAAGACUACGCCACCCGAAGGAAAAAAACGCUUGAGCAUAAAGGAAAUGCGCGAGCUGCGGGCGGAGGUCAUCCGUAGGAGGAGGCUAGCAAAAGGCGAGUUUCCUGACAAUGAUGAUAUCAAGCCACGCAGGCCAGGUCAACUGCCGUGGCGGAAGAAGAAAGACACACCAAUGACUGACAUCACCAAUGAAAGUGACCUCGAUUCGGAUCUGGAGGAGGAACUGAAACUGCUGGAAUUGGCCGGGAAUAUACGAAAUGCAGGUUACGACCCGACAGGGAAGCAAGCGUAUCUUGAUGCGUGUGCUAAGUACGAAACGACGCCAAUAUCUACAUUCAUCAAGGGAAUUGAAAAUAAAGAGUUGAUUCUUAGGUAUCGGGGGAUUGGAACUCGUGGGGCUCGCGCCCUUGCCUCGGCUUUAGAAGUGAAUCCGAAUAUGGAACAUGUAAUACUUAGUGGAAACUUCAUCGAAAGCCAAGGUGGAUUCUACAUAUCAGAGGCCUUGCGGGAUAAUGCAUACGUUACCGAAUUGGAUCUUGCUGAAAAUUAUCUUGGCGGUGUUGGUGCUUGUGCGAUUUGUGAUAUGUUAUGCGACAACAAGGUGUUGGUCGAGUUAGAUUUAUCAGGAAAUAGUCUGGAAGACUCCGAUGCUGCGGUGUUCCAACACAUGCUUAUGGAAAACCGUCACUUGAAGAAAUUACGGUUAGCUCACAACCACUUCGAGGACGUAGCUGGGCGAUGUUUUGGAGAUGCCUUGGUAGAGAAUUGUACGUUAGAGUCAUUAGAUCUAAGUUGGAAUCAUCUCCGGCUGAAUGGUGCUAAACGUCUGUGUCAUGGAAUACAGGAAAAUAUUGGCCUGAAGCGUUUGGAUGUGUCUAUGAAUGGGUUUGGUAUUGAGGGGGCACAGGCAAUGGCCGCAGCAAUAAAGAUUAACCGUUCACUUCUGAGGUUGAACAUGAGUAGGAAUAGGAUUCCAGAGACGGGGGGAACCAUAUUGGGUGAAAGCCUCAAGGUCAAUGAAACACUAAAGGUCUUCAAGUGUGCACGGAACCCUAUUCUGCCUGAUGGUGCUAUGAAUAUCUUAUUAGGAAUUGACAAAAAUGCUGGAAGUGCUAUGGAAUUCCUGGACCUCUCGGACGAUUUUGUUCGAAAGGACUUCGUGGAAUUAAAGGAUAAACUGGAGAAAGACCGAGUGAUGAGGAUACUGCACGGCACGAUCAUCAGUGACUUGAACUUUGAACCAGAACAAAACCUGGUUAUGGAGCUCAAGACAGGAAUCAUGGACGACCCCAUGACUAAAGUUAGGAAUUAUUGUGACAAGGCUGGUCUGCGUUUGAUCGACCUGUUCAAACAGUUUGAUAAGGACCAGAGUAUGUCAUUGACGAGGGAGGAGAUCAGAAAGGGCAUCAAGGUGAAAAAGAUAAAGAUGUCAAAAAAAGAAAUUGAUGCUCUUCUUGAUCAACUCGACACAGACGGAGAUGGUGAGAUCGAUUACGCCGAGCUGGUGUUCGGUGAUAAGAUGCAUCGGGGCGUGAAGAGACGAGUAAAAGCAAUGAAUAUCGAGAGAACGAGGCGAAUGUCCAUUUUGGCGGAAAUGGCAGACCCCACCAUCAAGGUGGUCAACAAACAAGUUUCGAUGUCCGAACUGGUCGAUGAAGUAUUGUGGAUUGAAGACAAUCGGGCGGAGUGGCAUAAGAAAGUUGUUGGCAUAAAAGAAGAACGGAUAAAGGAAUCUUCGAGUGAGGACGAGGACGACGAUAAGGGAAGGAUUAAGGGUGUGCUCGGUGGAACUGCUUAAUCGAAAUAAAAUAGUUAUGUGCUUGACAAAGAUUGGAGGGAUAUAUUUGCAAGAGUCAGGUGGGCCAGAUUAAGAUACACGAGGUCGCCAAAAGGUGUUUCUACUACAUGGGGUUUCUUUGGCACAGUCAAUGAUUGUAUGUGGCGUAUCUUUGUGGUAAACUGUGCAAAUUAGUCGCCAUGAGACUACCACCUGUCUAUAUAUAGUGCCCCUACAAUAACCAAACAUUUUAUGAUACUUGGUAUAACUAGCAAUAGUGUACUCUGACUGCCCACAUAUCUAAGUUUGUCUGUCAAAAAGAGCAGGAAUGUCACUCGUCCAAUGAAAACUCCAAUUUUACUCUAAAUUCUACUCUUCGGCCAAGUUGUUCAAAAUGAGGUAGUCACUGUUGCCAUGGGUCAAGGGCGAUUAAUGUGACGAUCCGUUUGACGGAUAAGCAGGCAAUGGUAAAGCAUUUGUUUUGGGAUAAUAUGGGGGUGCUGAUAUGAAAAAUUAACUUAUCCUAUAAUAUUCAAAAAUUAAGGGUGAGUCAGAGUAAUUAACAUGCCAAGUAUUUAGGCCACUACUAUACGAUUCCUUGCACCCUUCAGAGAGGAUUAGAAGGGCCAAUGAACCAGCCUAAUGGGUACCACAGGUGGAGAAAAACAUUUCAUUUUACAGUACAUGUACUUUCAAAGCCCUCCACACUCUCAACUACAAUCUGGGGGUAACGACUUUGACCAAAUUUCGGCCAUUUAUUAAGGAUGUCAACAACUCUUAUGAAAGUGAAGGCCAAGUUAGUGACUUAACUUGUUUUGAACAACCGCGGGCUCUGGUUUUAUUUAAACAUGAUUGUUCUCUUAUCCUUGAUGACACGCUUUGCACGGUCUGUUGAUCAUAAGAAUUAAACAAUGUUGUAUAAUACGGAUGCACCGGACAUGUCGGAGGCAUGGCCGCGUAAUGCCGGUGCCUGCGCAGCGGCAGCGCUGCUGAAGAUCACAACCGCGCGAAUUCAAUUACGCGACACUCGUCAAUAAUCUUCUUUUUUUUAUAUGUUGGUCCAAAAAUUCGAUUACAGAUGAGAAUAGAGAACAGGUCACUGAGAAGGAUAUGGAUGUCAGGAUCGUAAAUAUUGGUAAUGGAUGGUGAUGAUGCUUACAUGUACAUUUAAGUUGUAACAUGCUAGGAAAACUGUUUUUUGGUAUAAGACAUACAUGUACUGUUGAUAAUUCCUUCAUGAUUAACAGAUUCAAUGGAUAAUACCUAUGCAAUUGUUUCUGUUUCCUAACAGUGCUAUAAUAUAUUCGAGUUAUGCACUAAUUAUAAGUGCAAAUAACGUUGCUUUGGGUCAAUGUGGCCGAGGGCAACUAUUUGGGUAUAGCCCAUAUACUUGUAGUUGAUGGAACGCGAGUGGUAAAACGCCAAAUGAAAUAAGAAAGCUGUCGUGCAUGUACGUCUCAAUAGUCCAAGCCAUUAACUGCCCUCGCCAUUUAUAAAUGACUUUUCGACUACAGUGUUAUGCACCUUGUUCUGUGUUGAUAAAGAAACACAAUCGCUUUUAUUGAAUUACCGUACACGGAGAUUGAAUCAAAACAAAGCACCUUCACAUCAAUAUGCAAUAUGAGAUAUUCCGAUAUGAGAAUAUCAGUAUGACACUAUGAAAGGUGUUUCGUUAACAAGAUGCAGCUUGUUUGUCUAAUUGGCAGCGAUUCCAUGCGUGCCCAGGACAAACUGAUAUGGAUCAGGUGAUUAGUAUUUGUCUGUUUAGGACAAUGCCAUGCUCAUCUAGGCGAACAAUUAGCGCCUCGAAUUCGUUAGACGUUAAUGAUCAUACCCUUCAGGAGAUGGUAAAAUGAGGAAUCGACUUCUUAUGUUUGUAUAUUUGAAUAAAGAAUACGUCUUAGAAAA